CAAUUUCGACUAAUAUAAUGAGUAAGCAAUAAUAAAUAAUUAACAAAUGGACGAUAGCAGAUCUGAAAAGCAUUCACAUAAAAUGAAUAUCGACCAUAUUAAAGACGAAAAUAUAUUCUGCUUAAUUUGCGAAGAGCAAGAUUAUUCAGAGCAAAACUAAAUAAUAUUUUGUGAUGGAUGUGAUGUUACUGUUCAUUAAGAGUGUUAUCAUGUUGUAAAUUUGGGAGCAAAAUGGUAUUGUUAAAAAUGUUUGGCAUUGAAUGAUGAUAGAGAUUAACAGAUCAGUUGUUAAUUUUGUCCAGAAUAAUUCUAAAUUCUUGAAUUAGUGUAAAUAAAUGGAUAGCAAUAAUGGGCUCAUUCGAGUUGUUUGAAGUGGAACCCAUUUUUAAUUCAAAAUUCUCAAAGUUAUAAUUUAUACACUUGCGAGACAGAUCUUCAAACAGGUUACAAGUGUCGUUAUUGUCAAAAGACUGACGGUUUUCAAUUGGAAUGUCACUAUAUGGAAUGUUAAGAGGCGUUUCAUAUAGGGUGUUUGAAGGUGAAUGGAGGCAUAAUGAAUAAGGAGGCUAUGGAAUGUUUAUACACUUAUAUGAAACCACAUUUGAAAAUUCAGGAUUAGAAACUAUUAUUUUGUGCAGAGCAUGUAUAGGAAUUAUUGACUAAGUUGGAUGAGAAUUAGAAGAACCUUAUAGAAGAGAAGUAUUUGAAAAUGAGAAGCGAAAGAUUGAAUUCUUAUUACAUCUACAAUAGGAACAAUAAAUAAGUAGUUGAGAAUAAAAGUGAGACUAAGUAAACUAGAAAGCAAAGAAAUUAUGAAGACAUGCUAUUUGAUGAGGUUGUUCAAUUGAAGCAGUUGAAAUAAGCCAAAAUACCGAUAAAGGAUAAGAAGGUGAAAUUGCAAUUCAAGGAGUACAUGACAAGGAAACUGAAUGACCAAUUGCAUAAGUUGAGGGAUGACUUCAUGAAAAAAAAUCAUAAUGAUUUGAAUGCUGAUGAGGAUACUUAUAUUUAAAUAGAUACUCAAUUAAGUAAGAAACUAUUUGAUAAAUUGGUGGACAUCAACAAUUUGGAAGAGUUUGAUAAAUAUUUGGUGAGCUAUUUCAUUUUUAACAAUAUGAUUAGAAAACCUAAUAAUCCUGAGAUUUAUAUUCGAGAUGAUAAUAAUAAUUAUUCAUAUUGGAAGAAGAUGUUGGAUGAGUUGGGAGUUAAAAAUGGGGAAUAAUUCUCAAGGUUUUUGAAUGUUCUCAGGUUGAAGAAGAUGAAUAUUGUGAGUAGGAAUAAUGAGAAAUUGCAAUAUGAAUAGGAUUUGCAAUAGCAAUUCGAGAUCUAAAAUAAUGAGUUGAUUGAAUGA